AUGUCGUCGACCGCGCAGGCAGGCCGCCUUGCGAGACUACGUGAUAAGCUUCGAAAGUCUCGAGGGGGAAGCAAGCAAGAGACCGAGCACCAAACCGAAAACCAUCAAACACACACAUCAAAUGACAUUAUACCCGGGGCUGUUCGAGAUGCACUUACUGAAGCCACGAUUCCUACCGGCAAUGGAACAGCGCCUGUGGUAUCUCCUGGGCCUACUGUCAGCCCCGGGCUGCAGGCGAGCCAGCCAUAUUCAAGUCCUUCACGCCACAUUGUCUCUGAAGAGGUAGCCUCGAUUCACAAGGCUCUUUGGGACAAAGCCUACAGCAACCUCAUGAACGACAAGGAUAAAGCAAAGUACAUGACCAAGUACGAGGAGUUACUCUCGACGAUGUUUCAUAUCAAGGAUUUGCAAGGUGAAUCCGUUCCAAAUCUCGGAGAACACCAAAUGAACCAAAUCGUGACAGCGGGCUUGGAAAAAAUCGAAAAAUACAAAAACGCUCUUGAUCAUUCAGAAGGUACAAUUAAAACCAUCGAGGCCGUCAAGGCCAUUCUUGAUAUUCCAUUGAAAAACAUCCCACAGGCUGCCUUGCCUUGGGCGAUCAUUUCUUCAACUGUGGAAAUAUUUCUCAAGCCAGUCAAAGUCGGCGUGAGCUUGUACAACGGAGUGGGACACGUCGUUACCAGAAUCGAGUUUUACUCCGACUUCACCGACCGUCUUCUAAGUCAGGAGGGCAUCAGAGAUGGUAGCGCUUUGAUGAAAAUUCGUCAGGGAAUCGCAACGAGAAUAACUGAUCUUUAUCAACCUCUGCUCUUCUAUCAGAUCAAGAGUGUCUGCUUUUACCACAGAAAUCAAGUUGCUGUAUUGGCCCGCGGAAUACUAGACCUUGACGACUGGAAUGGUGACUUGGAAGGUAUCAAAGAUGCAGAAGACCUCCUGCUUCGAGACUCUACUCUCUAUGGUCUGGAAAAGAUAUAUGAUCAAGGGAAGAAUAUCAGCAUGGAUAAAAAAACAGAAGAGGAAUCUGAGAACUUUCUCAAGCGCCUACGCGCUAUACGACGUGUCGACCCAGCAAUUGUUGUUCAGGAUAUCCAAAUCCGGAGGGAAAAAGCCAUCAACGAGGUGUACAAAUGGAUCUUCGAAACCGAUGAGUUCAAGGCAUUUGUCAAGUGGGAAGGCCAGGAAGCACCCGGACGACUAUGGAUCAGCGGACAAGCUGGAACCGGGAAGACGAUGCUCCUAAUUGGUGCCAUCCAGGAGAUCCAGGACCGUGGUCUAUUGAACACCGGACAUGAAGAACCUCCAGCCAUUAUAUAUUUCUUCUGUCAACACACAGAUAUUAAACUGAGAAAUGGAGCGGCGGUUCUUCAGAGCUUGACGUGGAUGCUGCUUCAACAACAGCCUCACUUACUAGCACAACUUGGGGAAAGAUUCUUCGAUUCAGAGGGAAAAUUCAGCUAUGACCGGGAUUCGGUUUCCACUUGGUCUAGCAUCUUCACCAACAUGUUGAAAACAUCUGGGCGUGUGGUUAUCGCCAUUGACGCUCUUGACGAGUGUGAGGAAGAGACGAGAAAACAUCUUAAAGACUUCAUUGACGACACACUGCUCAUGAAAGAGCUAUCCCAUGUUAAGUGGUUAAUUACCAGCCGGCCCAUAUUCGAACUUGCAAGAAGCAUGCCAGACAAAAAUUUGGAAAAGCAAAACCUCCUCGCUCUCGAUGACUGCAACCUCACCCCCUAUAUCGAUGCGUAUAUCAAUCAGAAGAUGGUAGGUCUCCGACAUAACGCCAAGAACAAAAGAAGAUUGGAUAAGAUAACCGAGCAAUUGCGCGAGCGAGCAAGCAACACAUUUCUCUGGGCUUCCUUGGUUAUUCAGCGCCUCGAAGAUAAGCCUGAGGCUUCAUGGAAUCGAAUGCUCGAAGAGAUCCCUGAUGGCCUUGAUAAGUUAUACGAAUAUUUACUCACGGGAAUCGAAGAUCCAGAGUGCAAGGACGUUCUUGUUGUCACAAUGCUGGCACGUCGACCCUUGAUGCUUCGGGAAAUUGAGCAGCUCGCUGGUCUGGAAGCAGGCGUUGAUGCAGGGCGAGACUUUGUCAUUUUAUGCAAAUCUUUCCUGGCUCUUCGUGACGAGACUGUUUAUUUGAUCCAUCAAUCAGCUCAGGAUUGGCUUUUAAAAAACCGCCAACGACUUCGUGAUGCACCAUUGCAAGAUCUUCACGCAUUGAUCUUCAAGAAGUCAUUAGAAGGCCAAGGAGAACUCCUGAAAGAAAACGUGUAUGGGCUGUCACAUCAUGGCAUUCUAUCAGAAGAGGCUAAACCCCCGAAGGAGGACCCGCUGUGGCCUAUCUGCUAUAGCUGCCAGUACUGGGUGUACCAUCUUGGCGAAAGUCAAGUUUCUCCAUCCACUGAUGUGCUUGAGUUCUUACAGGCACACUUCCUUCACUGGCUAGAGGCAAUGGCUUUGUUAAAGUUAUUGCCAGAAACAGUCCAGAUUGUAGACAAGCUACAAUCAUUGGCAGCUGCUCACGCGAAGGUCGAAAUUUCUGAUUUUCUCCUUGAUGCUAAACGAUUCGUCCCGACAAGCCUCCCCGCCAUGACUGUGGCACCGUUGCAGAUCUACGUUUCCGCACUCAUAUUUGCGCCAACAGCUAGCUUAGUACGACAGACAGGGACAAUACCUGCCUGGAUUCAUACAACUCCACUUGUUGAUGAGGAGUGGGGGUCUUUGUUGCAAACCAUCGAAACUUCUUCAGAUAUGGUUCGAGUGGCGUUGUCUCCAGACAACCAGCUCGUUGGGGGGGCAGAUGGAGGAAGGGUCAGACUUUGGGACACGAAAACAGGGAUCCUCAAAAAGGAACUUGAUUGCGAGGGCCCUGGGUCUUUAUUGUGCUGCGAAUUCUCUGCUGAUGGCCAGAUGUUGGUCUCAGGAUCGUCCGAUGACAAGAUUUAUAUAUGGGAGACUGCUAAAUGGAAUCUGACACCCAUAUUGGACCACUCAUCUGGGAUUGACGCCUCGGCUGGGAUUGAAACUGCGAUUUUCUCUCCAAACAGCAGUGUGCUAGCAUGCAGCUCACCCAAUGGUAAUAUCAAUGUGUGGAUAAGGGAUACGAAUACGUGGAAUCUUAAAUGGAGUUUCCAUCACUCAGGGAACCUACUCAACCUUUCAUUCUGUCCCAAAAGCUUACUCCUUGCUGCGGGCACGCAGAAUGACGAAGUUUCCAUUUGGAACCUGGCAACCGGGGAGCUACAGCCCAUCAUUCAAUGCCCGGAGCCUUUGAAAGCUGCGAAGUUUUCGCAGGAUGAUCAGUUCUUGUUGACGCUCUCUUUUGACGGUAUCAUCUGCUUCUGGGAUACUGAUAACUGGAGUCUUAAACAGGAAUCCCAAGUCCCCGAACGCUGUUUUGACUUUGCAACUUCUCCAGACAACAAGUACCUUGCGACCAGUGGAGAGAAUAGAUCAAUCGUGGUGCGGGAGAGAAACAAGGGGACAGUUUCUCAAAUUGCACAUGGCCAUACCAACAGCAUCAGGGCUAUAACAUUCUCUUCAGACAGCAAAAUGAUGGCAACAUCGGCACAGGAUCGAACUAUCAGACUAUGGGCCAAUGCACCCGGGAAAUCAACAAAGAAUCUGGACAAACACUCCGGUUUGAUAAGUGACAUCAGAAUCUCCCCAGAUGGUUCUCUAGUAACGACAUCUGGAGGGUAUAGCGAAGUGAAAUUUUGGGACGCAAGUACAGGCCAUCUGAAAAGAACCGUGGACAAUAUGGGCGUCCUCAUCUCUACCGCUAGAAUCUCUGCGAAUAACAGGAUCUUGGCAUCGGGCUCAAGCUCGGGAACUGUGAUAGUGCGAAAUGUCCAGUCAGGAGAGCCGAUUGUUGAAAGAAAUGGGAACGGAUAUAUCGAAGGCCCACAGAAAAUCACAGACAUUCAGUUCUCUCGGAGCAGCAAGCUUUUAGGCGCCAGAACAGCCUCUGGACUCAUCGAGGUAUGGAACACAGAAACAGGGAAUCAUGUGAUGACUCAAUAUGGCGAAGAAUUCGAAGGCGAAGAACUUGCAAGAUUUCUCAAUUCACUUGAGCAGGAAAUAUGCUUGGGGGAGACAGAUGAAUUCUUCGAGGAUGAACUUCCUCUUGGGAACGUCCUAACAUCACAGCAAUGUCAAAUCUCCGUUGUGGGUAACUGGGUGAUCCUUGGAAAACAGAAAAGUAUAUGGCUACCACCAAACCAUCGCCCAUAUCGUUCAAGGGGUUGGGACCAGACAAACAAUAUUCUGGCCGUUGUAACUCCGGGAAAAUGGGCUGAGAUCUUUGCGUUCGAUCCUGUUGCAAUGUCUGCUGGACAGUUGCAAACCUUCGAGUGA